AGUCCGCCAUAUUGGGAAGUUUUAAAUGAAUACAAGUAUAUAUCAUUUGUCUAUAGUAACCAAUAAAACAACAAAAACUAAAACCAGGGUUGUUUCUUAAAAAUCUGUUAAAAAUUCAUGUGGCGGCAUCAGGGUUCGGAGAACUACAUGUUAUUUUUAAAAACUACAUAAACUACAUUACAUGUAGUUAAUGUAGUUUAUGGAGAGGGUGUAGUCUUGGUGUAGUGUGGGGUGUAGUAUGGGGGUGUAGUUUAUGUAACCCAAAUACAUUUUAAUUAAAACGUAUUUGAUGUAACCUAUUAUAGAGUUUGUGGAAAACACUUUCAACCUACCAUGUUUGCGGAAAUUUGUCAAAGCCGUCUAAAGAAAUUUGCUGUUCCAACUUUAUUGAUGUCAGACAAUUCCAUGAUGGAAGUUGAAGCUACUAUUCCUGCUGUUCCUGUUACAUCUGAAGCUGUUUCGGAAUCUACUUCACCAGAUGUAAUCGCUAUUCCAUCAACAUCCAAGGCAGUUACAUCUGAAGACAGUCCAAGAAAACAUGGGUUAAGGUUACAAAUUAGAAGUUUGAAAAGAAAGUUGGAAUUUCAUCCGAAGACCGACAAAACAAAUGUUACAAAUGAAGACUUUAUAGAUUUCUGUAAGGAACACUCUUCUUCGUCAAUGGCUAAUUUUAUUGAACUUUGCUUACAAAAUUCCUCAAGGAAAUCAUAUGGAUACCGAUAUACCAACGAAUUUAAACAAUUUGCAUUAACAAUUUAUAUUUUAAGUCCAAAUCAUAGACAAACUAACAAAAGCAAGACGCGUCAACGCUGUACUGCAAAACGGUAACAAGUUUGAUAAGAGUAUAUUACCGCGCUUGCGUCAACUGGCC